GCAGGGAUCGAGACCGUGAUGCUGUCAGCGCUGUAUGAAGACAGGACUCUCCUCCCCCGGUUCUGCCCCCGGUUCCCCCGGCUCAGUACCGCGAGAGUUCGGGCUCCGGGGGCGGAGAGAAAUUCAGCGCAUGACCGAGGGCUGCGGGCCGGGCAGACAUGGCUCAUCCAAUAUCUGCUGGGUCCAGGAGACAUUUUCCUCGGAUCAGUAAAUCCAGGGCUCUCUCGCAGACAUCCACCCGUGCUGUAUACUCUGGAGUAGCUCCAGCCAGUGUCCCAGUUCAUUCUACAAACAAGGGAUCAGAUCAGAGGAGAUUUCAGCAGAAACAGGAGAACCACACCCUGGGGGGAAUCCCGGCCACUGUCUCAUCUCGGCGCCUGUUCCCCUGUGCUAAGUGUGAGGCUGUCUUUGCCUCCAAGUUGCAGCUGCAGAAACAUCUAGUUUGGAACCAUUCAGACAAGGACCAAGCCCAAGAGAAGUCACCAACCCCAAAAGCAGUCUCCCAGCUACAAAAGAGUCCUAGGGUAUCUGGGGGCAAAUCCCGGCCACAGAGGUUUGCCAAGAAGCCCAAGCUGGUCUCUUCCGCAGAGAAUGGAAAGAUUGGAUCCCAUGGCCACAAACAGAGAGAUGCCUGCUUGUCAGAUGAAGACCCUGAACGAAUGAGGCACAGAAGGAAACAGAAAACUCCCAAAAAGUUCACCGGGGAGCAGCCUUCCAUUACCGGGACCUUUGGAUUGAAAGGUCUGGGCAAAGCAGAGGACAAAUCUGGGGGGAGGCGAGGAAAGGGCAUAAAGCCACGAUUGGAUGAGUCAUGGAGAAGAGUUGAUGGUGCAAAUGCAAGUCAGGAGCAAACAGCCCUACUGCCUCCAGGCAGUGUGGAGGACAGGUGCCCACGACAGAUAAGCAAGAGGGGAGAGGUGCUGUGCCCCAACUGCAAAUCCAUCACCCGAAAAACCAUGGCUGGGCUGAGAAAGCACAUGGAGGUGUGCGAGCAGCUGCAGGAAGCACUGCGAUGCCAACACUGCAGGAAACAGUUCAAGUCCAAGGCUGGGUUGAAUUAUCACACCAUGGCAGAACAUGUGACCAAGUCCCCCAGCUCAGAGGGUGCCCCAUUGGAUGAGCAAAAGGAGAGGGAGCGUCUGCGCAAAGUUUUGAAGCAAAUGGGGAAACUGCGCUGUCCCAACCAGGAUUGCUCAGCAACGUUCUCCAGUUUGAUGGGUUAUCAGUAUCAUACCCAGCGCUGCGGGAAAAAGCAGUGUGAGUGGGCCAAGUUAAGCUUCCCAUGCCCAAACUGCAGCAAGGAAUACCAGUCCAAGGCUGGAAGAGAUUACCACGUUCGAUCAGAACACGGCACGGAACCGGCUCUGCCAGAGAUACCAGAACAGGACAGUGUGGUGGAGGAUUUUGAACGAACCCCCAGUGGGAGGAUCAGGCGACAGUCAGCACAAGUAGCAAUUUUCCACCUGCAGGAAAUUGCAGAGGAUGAGCUGGUGAAGGAUGGAGGCAGGAGGAAAACAAGGGAAGAUCUGGUGCCAGACACCAAGAGGCUGAAUUACCUGCGCCCUGGCUUGCCAACCUUCAACCCUCAGCUUCUAGACAGUUGGAAAAACCGUGUGAAGGAACAUGGCUUCAUCUGCUGCCCCAAUAUUUGCUGUGAAGCAGUGUACUCCAGUGUAUCGGGACUGAAGGCCCAUCUUGCCAACUGUAGCAAGGGGAAUCACUUGGUGGGGAAGUACCGCUGCCUCUUAUGCCAGAAGGAGUUCAGUUCUGAGAGUGGAGUCAAGUACCAUAUCCUGAAAACUCACUCACAGAACUGGUUUCGGUUAUCCUCGGUCUCCUCAAUGCACAAACGGAAAGUUACAGUGGGGACUAGAAAUGAACAAGAGGUGGAGGGAACUGGUAAGAAACGGAGGAGGAAGGCCAAAGAAAGACUUGUCUCUUCUUCACCAACUAAAGUGGCUGCUGGGACAAUGAAUACCCCAAGUGAAAAAAAGACUCAGCCCAAGAAACAAAGCAGCAGCUUGGGAGUCCAUUCAUUCAGCGCAAGCACCAAGGGGACAGCAAGAAUGGGUGGGCCAUCCCGAAGGGUGAAGUAAAGCGAGGCACUUGUUGGGGGGGUUUAUAGGAGAACAUUUGGAGUUUGCCAUGGAAGUGUGAAGAUAAAGUCUUUGAUCCAAUCCGGGCAAAAACAGAACCAAGCAAAUCCACUGCUCCCAAAUAUAGGCAGAAAUUACCAGCUGUAUGCAUACAAGGUUUGCCUGGUGUCCAGAGUUCCAAGUACAUUCUGGAACAUUCAAGUUCCUCCAAACUGAGAGUCCAGUGUAACCCCCGUCACAGCUCGAUAUAUGAAGAUUUAUUACAAGGUUAUGUGAUCUGCUUCUGGUUCCCCAACUGUAGUAUCUAGUUUAACCCUUGCACAGCUUGAUGUACAGAGCUAAACUUGUAUCCUUGUAUCCUGUGACCCACUGCUGACGUGCCCAAAUGUGAAAUGAGUGUGACCCAGAUAGUUUCUGUGGCUACAGGAAUUGGGCUCCCUGAGUCCUGGGCUGAGCAGGGGCUCACUGUGCUGGGGGGCAGGGUCUGCAAUUGUGUACCCCCAUGAAGCAGGAAAACAUACCCCUGAAAAAUAAAAUUGGCCUAGACUUCUGGGAUACGCUCAGAUUAGAACCCAAGUUUUACCAAGGUGCAGAGUAAGGUUGUGCUUUAUAAAUAGGUGGCAGAUGUUGUAGUGUGUUUUGUAAUUGUAAGGCAGACGCUAAUCCACAGGCACUUUAGGGGUGAUUAGUUAGGGGGUUCCCAUUGGGAUAGUUAAGCCUCUCUCUCACAGCCAGUACUCACCCUCCCGGCAUAGUUCUCUUCCCGAAAAAGACAGACUGAUAAUUCCCUCGUAUCUCUUGUCUGGUUCUAGUUUUACUAACCAGACAUUCGCACGCAGUUCUGAUCUGGUGGGGGAGCACUAUUGUCGUAUACGCUGCAUAUAAAUAUAUAUAUAUAUAUAAACUCAGACAUCGCCGUUUUUAGUAACUAGACUGUGUGUGGAUAACGCUCGGACCAGUGGCUGUGUUGGCCUUUGUGCUCUCUGAAGUAACAAUAAAAGAUUUACACUUUCCUGGGGGCAAAUAUGUCAUUUAUAUACAGUACAUACUGUAGAGGGCACACAGCUUUCUUAUGGACCCUAGUAAUUUGCACACAAAGGCUGCACAGGGAACUUUGUGUAUCACUUGCAUAUUAUAAGGGAUAAUGUACCCCCUGCUAUAAAUGAUAAACUUCUUGUAUCCUGUAUCCACUGCUGACGUGCCCAAAUGUGAAAGGAGUGCGACCCAGAUAGUAUCUGUUUUGUGGCUGCAAGAAAUUGGGCUCCUUGAGUUCUGGGCUGAGCAGGGGCUCACUGUGCUGGGGGGGAGUCUGCAAUUGUGUACCCCCAUGAAGCAGUAAAACAUAUCCCAGAAAAAUAAAAUUGGCCUAGAGAGUGAGACGUCUCGGAUAUUCUCAGAUUAGAAGCCUAAUUUUUCAAAGGUGCAGAAUAAGAUUGGGAUUUAUAAAUAGGUGGCAGAUGUAGAAGUCUGUUCUGUAAUUGUAAGGCAGACUCUAAUGCACAGGCACUUUAGGGGUGAUUAGUUAGGGGGUUCCCAUUGAGAUAGUUAGGCCUCUCUCUCACAUCAUUACUCACCCUCCCGGCACAGUUUUCUACCCCAGAGAGACAGACUGAUAAUUCAAUCAUAUCUCUUGUCUGGUCCCAGUUUUACUAACCAGGCACACGCAAUUCUGAUCUGGUGGGGGAGCACUUGUGUCGUAUACGCUGCAUAUAUAUAUAAACUCUGACAUCACCGUUUUUAGUAACUAGACUGUAUGUGGAUAACGCUCGGACCAGUGGCUGUGUUGGCCUUUGUGCUCUCUGAAGUAACAAUAAAAAAUUGACACUU